AUGCCGGUGCCGAUGCCGUACAAGAGAGUCUACCAAAACCUCCCCAUUCUUGAGUCCAACACCCUGGGGUGCUGCACCCAGAUGCAGAUCCGUUAUACCUGCGGCCACUCCACUGGAGGCGAGUUUAUCAAAUGUCGCCGACACAUGCACACCGAUGAUGAGCGCUGCCCUGGACGCCAGGUUGCGCAUGUCGAUUUCAAAAUCUCUCCCCACAAAUGUCGCUCCUGCCUGCGAAGCGCAUAA